AUGUACAAGGCAAAAGCACGUAAAUGCAAGUUCACGUGGAGGCACCUGAUACCCAAAGAAAAGCGACUACAUGGCCACGAGACGGGUUUUAUCGAAGCGGCUUUUUUGGCCCCCCGCCGACAUGACACGGGCCCUCCCCAAAAUUUCCAUGCGCGCUCAUCGCUCGUUGAUCGUGAUCGGAAUGUUAACUCUGAGCCGCAGUUCCCGAAAAGAGAGAGCCGCAACGCUGGCGGGGAGCCAAGCCUGGUGCUGGGCGAGCGUCUCGUGCCGGGUAGCGAUGCCAGCCAUUUCUGCCAACCCACGGCCGUAGCCGUUGCUCCGAGCGGGGAAGUCAUCGUCGCCGAUGGCUACUGCAACGACCGGCUCGUCAUCUUCGACGCCGAGGGCCGACUGCUCGGCCAGCUCCCGCCGACCGGCAAUCCAGAUUUUCUGCGACUGCGAGUGCCCCACAGCCUGACGAUGAUGAGGCGCGGUGACGUGUGCGUGGCGGACCGCGAACACCAGAGGAUCGUCUGCUUCAAUCUGACGCGGUACUUGGCUGCAGAGCAUCAGCGAGAAGUCAGCGGUGCCGGCGCGGCCGAGCAAAUGCUUUCGUGGAUGCCCUUGACUAUUCAUCGGCCGGGCGUCUGCAGGAUUUUCGGCGUUGCUUCGCACGGAGAUCUCCUCUACGCUAUCAACGGACCCACAACGCCGGAUAAUCCAGUGAUGGGCUUUACCCUCAGUCCCAAUCACGGUUCAGUUAUAGCUAACUGGGGACCAACAUUCGACGUAAGCGACUUUCUUAUUCUUACUAUCAAAACGCAAUCAAAUUCUAACGUUUAAAAAAUAGUGCAGCUUCCUUGGUAGCAAUGUUAUACUACGUAAACUAGCUAAAAACUCGUCAACGUGUUGUAAGCCCGUUUACUCACGUAUACGCGUUAGCGAGUCUCCAGCGAAUUUAUAUGUAUAGCAAUUUUCUACCAGGGGUUUUUCUCUUUGAAAUCACGUUGGUAUAUAAUAUCAUUAUACAACCUUACAGUUGGUCAAUCGU